AGGUUUAAUCGACUGUUUAUGCCCAUGCACUUGUUCACCAAGAAUGCAGAAUUCUUGGGAUCUGGAACACUGAUCGGAUCAUGCGUGACACACUUCAUUCUAUUGUCGCUUGCAACUCCAUCUGUUGCUGCAUGACAAAUGGCAUCUUGUUGGGAAUCCCUGAAUGUUUCGUCGCUUGCUAUGCUUGUUCCUACCACAGGACUCUCCGUGAGAAGUACAAACUCAAGAAGCCCCUUGUAACGACUUCAUCACCCACUUCUUCUGCCAUCUGUGUGCUAACUGCCAAGAGUACCGAGAGAUUCAAGAAAGGUUCGACAACUCUAACCCGCAUGACCUCAGCGGAGCAACAGUAGUUGUCUCGGCUCCACCUGCGCAGGUAAUGGAGGCAGGUUUGAUGGAGUAACAUUAGUUGUAGUUGUUAUACAUGUUGUUAUACAUAUUGUAUAGAGAAGCUCCCAUGCCAUUGACUACUUCCUUUUGGUUAGGUUCAUCACAAAGAAAAACUCUUGUUGUAUGUUAUAUCUCCUGGAAAAAGGUAUAAUUUGCAUGAAUUGUUUGACAUAUAGUAGUAGUCCCUUGCUCCCUCCCGUGGUUAGCUCUUUGUAGCCUGGAGUUGGCUUGGCUAGUUAUUUAAAUGUUAUGGAGCUUGAGUAGUUAAUGAUCCAGUGCCAAAAUGGAGACGCUAUCCUCGGUGCUAUGAUGGUCUGCAAAUGGGAAGAAGAUAUACGAGGAGCAUCAAGCUGUUGGAGUUGGACAAUGACUGUGGUGUACUGACUACUGAACCAGGUUUUAGUUGUGUCCUUUAAGGUUUAGAAGAGGACAUGUGACUUGAGAGGUUGUGGAUGCAUGGAAUUUGAGAACUUUAGACUAUUUCUCAGUGGGUUGGCAUCCAAUAUCAUACACAUGAAACGGGUAAAUACUUUGUUCGAAGUGAAGAUUCUACUUUCUGGUUGUUGGAUGAUGCGAUGACAUUUUGUAUAGAAUAUGUUGGUUUAUGUGUUAGCAGACAUUUUUAUAUGAAAUAGGUAGGUUUAUGCAUCCUAUUAUCUAACAACCAAAACCCUGUAAUAUCAAAGGUUGGUUUAUGCAUCCUAUCAUUUAACGAUCUAAGUCUUAUAACCUCAAUCUGAUGGCCCCCUCUCGCAUAUCCAUAUGAUUAGGGUUCCUUCUCUUAUUGAUGUUUUUUUUCCAAAUUAAUCCUCUUACACGAAGGUUGAAUUGAAGAUCUCUCAGAUAAAACUAAUGUUUGAGAUCAACGGUUGAAUCAAUACUGGGAUCGAUAAUAUUGUCUUAUAGGUCGCAUUGUGUAGCUCAAAAUUUCCUUAAAAGAGACCUAGUUUUUUUUUGACAAAUUUAAAAGAGACCUAGUGAAGCCCAAAGAUGCAUCGAAUUCAAACUAUAAUCUCUUCGAAUGAAACUAACACUUCGACCUACAACUACCAUCUUGUAUCACUAGCUUAUAACCCGGCCCAUUGGCCGGAAUAUUCAUAUUUAAUUAUUUAUAUUUUUAUGUUACGUUUAAGCUAAUCAACCUGUUUAAUUUUAUUGCCAAUUCUUCGAUUGAGAUGAUACAUAAAGAAAGAAUAUAUAGGUCUAAUAUUCGGAGAAAUACCAUAUCAUUUAAGAAAAAAAAAUAUAAUUUAUCAAUAAUUCCGUUUUCAUAAUGAUAAUUAAGCCCUUAUUAAAAUGCUAUUGAUUAGUUGAAUGUCAAGAAAGAGAGUAUAAAAGCUCAGUGAAAUUCCACACGACUCAUAUAGUUUGAAACUAAAUCUUAAACCUCACAAUCCUACAUAAGAGUUUAAUGCGCUCCUUUUAUGAACAAUAUGCCACUAAUCAAAAAGAAAUUGAGGGUUGUUGAUUCAAGUCAACUAUAUACUAACAACUCAGCUAAGAGGGGACCAUCAAAACUUGAGAGCAAACGACAAAAUUAGGGUUAUCUCCAACAUACUAAUAGACUCAAUCAAAGUAAUAAGGUACAAAAUUAAAC